UGUCGUAAUUUGAAGGUGGGGUUUUCGUAGGUGUGGUUGUAUUAACCCCUUUUGAUUGAUGGGCGUGUUUCAUGAACCGUAUAUUAGGACUGCCAGCGAACGGGAACGUUAUUGCGUUUUUAUCCAUACGGAAAGAGAAUCAAAGCGGAGAAGCACUAAAAAUGUCUGAUAAGCCAGAUCUUUCUGAGGUGGAGAAGUUUGACCAUAGAAAGCUGCGUAAAACUAAUACUGAGGAGAAGAACACCUUGCCCUCAAAGGAGACAAUUGAGCAGGAGAAAGAGGCAUGCAAGAAAUCAUGAAAGUCAAGAUUAAGACUUGGUUGCUGAAUGAUCUGGCUGUCCGGCAAGCUGUGCUUUGGAAAACUCAUGCAUUAUCUGCAGAAUGAAUAUAUUGUAAAAACGUAAAAAUUAAAAUAUUUUUCACUGAAAUGUU